GUGCACGCGAUGACCCGAGAGCCGCGCGUGUCUGUGGAAAUGCUUCAGUUUGAGCAACAAAGGAAGCUCGCACGGGGAAUCCGCUGAAGACGGAGUGAAAUAGUAGGAAUACAGUAUUUAAGACGCUGGAUAGGCACUCGGUUUGGUUAUAUAAUGUUUUUUUUUUUGUGCGCCGGGGCGUUAUUCAGCCUUAUUCAGUUAUCAUUCACGAUGAUGCGUUAUGAAAGACAGGAGCGCGAGCGGUCCUCUCGGCUCUAGAAAGGGUGCACGCGCGCGCGUUCACCUCCCCAGUGCUUGUCUUCAUGAUCCGUGUAGAGCACUGCGAGUUCACUCCUGACGCUGAUUCAGGGAAUUAAUUUGUCUCGUCUGUGGUGGUGUGAGGUUAAAACCAACUAAUGAGAAAGUUCCAUCGCAGCAUUUCACCGAGAGGAAACACCCGAGCCACACUGUUACUGUGUAGAAAUUAUGGGAAAUGGAUAAACUCACCAUUAUUUCAGGAUGUCUGUUUCUUGCCGCUGAUAUUUUUGCAAUUGCCAGCGUGGUGAACCCAGACUGGAUCAACACUGGAGAAGAAGAAGGUGCCCUGACCAUGGGGUUGGUUCGGCAGUGUCAGACGAUUCAUGGGCGGGACAGGAUAUGCUCACCCCCGAGCCUUUCCCCAGAAUGGCUCGCUACUCUCUUCUUUAUAAUCCUGGGCAUCAUUUCACUGACUGUCACUUGCGCCCUGUUGGUACUGUCACACUGGCAUCAGGAGACAGCUAAGUACGCCCGCUGGAUUGCUUUCACAGGAAUGGUCCUGUUCUGCCUGGCAGCUCUUAUAUUUCCAACUGGAUUUUAUGUCAGUGAAGUUGGUGGACAGCCUUAUAAGUUACCCAACAGCACUGUUGUGGGAUCUUCAUAUGUACUUUUUGUCUUAUCAAUAUUUUUCACAAUCGUUGGACUGUUGUUUGCUGGGAAAGUCUGUCUGCCUGGCUGACAAAAAGCUUCAUCACUAAUGUGUUGGUUACAAGGUACAGAACUUUGCGCAAUACCUGGGGUUCUGUUUCUGAAAAAGUGAAAGACCUGCUCUGAAACUAACUGGCCGACUGAUGACAAGAACUUAUAUGCACUUUGUCUAGACUUGUGUAUUAGAGAUGGACUACAUCACUGGUGCCAACAUACUUAUCUGUUCAGUAUUGUCUUCUACUGUUCAUUAUUUUUAAAGAUUCCAGUUUGAGUUUGUUUUUUCAACGUCACUCUUGUGAUUGUUAUCCUUAAUGUCCUGGCAUGUGAAAACAGUUAUUUAAAUACAGUGCACAUUUUUUUGGCAGAAAAGUAUAAACAAGUGACAAUGAAUAUUGCUUGCCGAAGCUAAAAGUGUCCUUGCUGUGCAGGAAAAGUCUUUUCAAGCCACAAUACCAACUCUGUCCUUCUCCUCCAGGAUAAAAAUCUCAGCCUGGUAUUUAUAGCUGAACUCCUGUGCCACUUUCAGUUUUAUCCAUCCAUUUGUGAGAUUCAUCGGUGUAUGAAUCGGUCUUGUUUCCUUGGCAACAGCCAGCGCUUCGAGAAAAGAAGUGAAAAGCGAGAAAUUUCUUUCCUCUUUUCUUCAAAAAACA